AUCGUCGAUGCGUGGCCAAGGUUCGGAAGGCACAGGCGCAGAAGGCCCCUCCGAAAGGGAACAAAGCCUUAGGAUGGAAGCCUCUGCCGCAAAAGCGCGCUUCCUCUCUCGUAUGCAGGCUCGGCAAAGGAGCACUGCUACUGGUGCAUCGAUUUCGGCAUCUUCGGGAGAUGCAGAACAAGGUCAUGUAGCUGCACUCGUCGAAAAUGAGCGGACUCGGUCUCGUCUUUUAGCAAGAGGUGGUGGAUCUACGUCAGGUGAUGUGGUACGCGACCGAGAAUCGAUGACACAACAAGAACUCUUAAGGCUUACGGUAAUUCAUCUGAAGGAGCAUCUUCUUUGGUCUCUUUUUAAAGGGAAAACCAACCCUCCAAAGAUAAGAUGCCUUUGAGCAUGAAUAUUAUAGGUAAGGUCUAAAAUGACUACGAAAUAGUAAUGGCACGAACAGCGGCACUACAACGAGAAGUCAGAUUCUUACCUCCAUGAAAAGCAAUCUGAGUCCUAGAACUUCUUCUAUGCUGAAGGAUCGACAGUUACUGA